AGAAAACAUGGCGGACAGGCUAACGCAACUCCAAGACGCUGUCAAUUCGCUUGCAGAUCAGUUUUGUAAUGCCAUCGGAGUCCUGCAGCAAUGUGCGCCUCCUGCCUCCUUCAGUAACAUCCAGACCGCUAUCAACAAAGAUCAGCCAGCAAACCCAACCGAAGAAUAUGCCCAGCUAUUUGCAGCCUUGAUUGCCAGAACAGCCAAAGAUGUGGAUGUACUUAUCGACUCUCUACCCAGUGAGGAGUCGACGGCGGCUCUGCAGGCGGCCAGUCUGCGACAGCUGGAGGAAGAGAACCAUGACGCAGCAGCUCGUCUGGAGGAGGUGGUUUACCGAGGCGAUGUGCUGCUAGAGAAGAUCCAGAGCGCCCUGGCUGACAUCGCUCAGUCUCAGCUCCGUACACGCAACGGAGCAGCGAGCCAGCCCUCGCAGGCCGAAUCCUGACCUGCUGUGCGAUUAACGCAGUCCUGGACAAUUCUUUGUCAUCCUCACUCUGACCCCUCAGACAUCCGCUGCAAGCCUCAAAACACUCAUUUGGUUGCUUAGCGACAUUAUUGUCACACAGAAGCCACUAUUUUCAAGACGAAUGCACGCGUACCUAUGUGGAAUAUGUCUCCAAAAGGCUGGUCUGAAUGUGUGAAUGGUUAACAUGUCAUGUUUUAUUUUUAAUGUUUAUGUUGGAUGUUUAUCAAGUCUGUUUUUGUAGAUAUUUAUGAAUUAAAUGAUUGAAUUUCUCA